CAUCGCAGCUAUUGCAGUGAUUCUUGGAGCUUUGGUGUGGCCAUAUGCGUUCGCCAUAGCAUACUGCUAAAAGGCGGGUUGAGCUGAAGUGUGCCCAAACAUUCCCAUCUUUGCAUCGUAUUUCCUGUGUACAAAGGGUAGGGGCAGCGAUAUGGUAUUGAUGUAUUGGAAGUAAGCGAUAUCCUGUUCGCCCUUCGAAUCGUCAUUGAUAUUUGUUGCGCACGAGAGAUUACAAUAGAGAAUUAGGGCGAAUGAAGCGAAAUUUUGCGAGAACUGCGAGUAUUUGUUGAAACACCGUUCACUUGGCGCGGGGUGAUGGUCUGAUUGGUACGUGUGUUCGGACUCCAGUGGCUAUUGCAUGAACGCGCAUGUCUGAAUGUACAGACAUCCAUAUCGUGUUUGGACACCGACGCCCCGCAUCGUAUAGGCAGUGGCUGAGGUGUUUAUUCGUGUAAACAUCUACAACUUGUUCUCGCACGGCAUGCAGAGCGUAUCCAGGACUUCGCCGUUUCAGUGUACGAAGCCAUCCGUGUCUAUAGUUCUAUUUGGGUCCUUCUAGGCUAAGCCACCCCAUGUGUUAUAGGGACAUGGCAGAAGUAGAUCAGAGUGAUGAAGUAUAAAAACCAUGGCGAGCUGCCACAUCCAAGUUCACUCAUCAGCAACUACAACACAUUCGUUCAUCACAUUCGUUUACCACAUUCAUUCACACAUUUAUCAUUACAUUCGUUUCUCAGAAUUGCCAGCUCAAAAAUCCUGUUUCCCCAGCCUCACACCCGCCUCUAAAGUAUCAUAACCCUGCCAUCAACAUGCAGUUCACUAUCCAAACAAUUGCGGCCGUCGCAGCCUUGCUUUCUGCAGCCAGUGCUGCACCUGCCCCGAACACCUCACCCAAUCUCGUGGUUCUACCUGGUACCGUGCACCAGAGCAAGCCAACCCAGCGAAGCGUCGAGGUUGUUGAAAAGCGUGGAGCCACCGACACUUACGGUGACUAUACUGGGCAGAAGAGCAGCUAUGCAGACGGCUCCGGCACGUACGUCCGCAGCGACGAUACCCACCGAUACGCUAGUGGCGACAAGUGCUGGACCGAUCUCUACUUCGUGAAGUCCUCGUGGAAGAACACGAACUGGAACCGUGCGUCCACUCAGGAUUGUCCCGCUGGAGCUACAUGCGUGUUGGGCAUCAACAACGGGGUUCAGACAUGUCAGGAGUGGAGCAUCUCCGUCUCGGUCGGCGUCGAUGCUACCAUCGUCAAGGACGUUCUUGCCAUUUCUGGUAGCAUUACCAACACGUACGGAGAGUCUAAAUGUGACAGUGCGACCACUACCAACACCUGUUCGAUGGAGAAGAAAGGAGAGAAGAAGUGCUAUGCUAUUUGGACUUCCCAGAAGGUCAGGGUUGACCACGGAUACAUUCGCCGUCGUUGCGAUUUCCACGAUGGAAAGGGUGACCAAACUGUCUGGAGCAAGGACUACGAUCUGACCAAUAAGGCUAAGGAGUUGAACAUUGGGUGCAACGAGUGCUCCGACACAACAUACAAGGAGUAG